AAGUAAUUUUUCCCGUUGUGCUGAGCUUCUGUAGUCGUAGCGCGGAACCCACUCAACCUAUUUCGAAGAAAACAUCGCUAAUGUUUCGAUACGAUAGCUCUCAAUCAACGUUGUUUAUACGAACCGAUUGACCACCGUACAUAUUCUCUCAUGGAUGAAAAGUGUUGAGAGCCUCUGAGGGCACUUAUCCGUGUAAAGUUGGCGGUGAUUUGAGUGAAUUAACGUUAGCAGGCUAGCGGAGCUCCAUCAUGACAGUGGCGGUGUUUUUCGGCUGCACGUUCAUCGCUUUCGGCCCGGCCGUCUCUUUGUUCCUGUUUACAAUCGCCCGGGAUCCGCUGCGUGUGAUUUUCCUCAUAGCAGGGGCAUUUUUCUGGCUGGUGUCUUUGCUGCUGUCGUCUCUUGUGUGGUUCAUCACAGUUCAGAUCAGCAACAAGAACAGCUCCACACAGCAGAGAGGGUUACUCAUUUUCGGAGUCGUGCUCUCUGUGCUGCUGCAAGAGGCUUUCAGAUUUGGUUACUACAAACUGCUAAAGAAAGCAAAUGAAGGCCUGUUGGCGCUCAGUCAGGAGGACACCAUGCCUAUCUCCAUGCGGCAGCUAGCAUAUGUAUCCGGGCUGGGCUUUGGGUUUAUGAGUGGAGCUUUUUCUGUGGUCAACAUACUCUCUGACUCCCUGGGUCCAGGAGCUGUUGGUAUCCAUGGCGACUCUCAGCAUUACUUCAUAUCCUCAGCUUUCAUGACACUGGCUAUCAUCCUGCUGCAUAUGUUCUGGGGGGUUGUUUUCUUCGAGGCGUGUGAGCGACAGAGAUGGUGGGCUCUUGGAGCUGUGGUGGUCACUCAUCUACUAGUAUCAUGCCUGACCUUUGUAAACCCACACUAUCAAGGCAGUCUGAUCCCAACCUACAUCGUUCUCUCUGUCAUGGCAGCCUGGGCGUACUCAUGUGCCGGAGGCUCUUUGAGGAACCUCAAACUCUGUCUCACCUGUAAAGAUAAAGACUUCCUGCUGGCCAAUCACAGGCCUAGAUAACCCAUCGGCUGCAAACAGGACUUUCUCCAGAGACAGCCUCACUGAGCCAAUAGACCAACAAUACGUUUGGCUGCCCUGAACUCUUGUUAACAGGAAGCUUAUGGUUGGGAUAGUGUGCGUAUCAGUUGUUGCUAAGUAACAGGAAUUGAAUGUCUGCAGAUCUGGCACUUCCUAUUCCAUUUUCUGUUCCGUACCUCAUGUUCUGUGUGUGAGCGAGACAAAGCGUCAAAGAGAGAGAACUGUUUUUAUUAAAGUAGGUGGUUUUGAACAAUGUCUUGUGUAGAGGCUACUUUUAAGUUGUUCGUUCUUAAGUUUGUGCUACCAGUGAUUUUUUUUUUCAUUUAUAACUGACCUUCUCUGUUACCAUUGUCUCAUCACUAAGAACAAUUCCUAUAAGGCAUUAUUCACCUUUUAAAUUAUAUGGCGAUCAAAUGCUGGCGUGUAGCAUUGUUUUCUAUUCAAUCCAGUUUAAUUCACGUGACUGAGCUUAUUUCUUUUGAAUGUAUUUUUUAACAGGCCCGUCUCAGCUCUCCUAGAGCAUCACAUUUUGUCAUGUCUCCAAACCCCUGUUACUCAUAUUUAAACAGCUUGAAUGAUAAGUGCAGUGAAGCCACUUUUUAAUAAUAGGAACCUUUGAAUGAUAUUAUUAAACAUAAAUUGGUCAGUGAGUGUGUUUGGAUGUCACUUUGGACUGUCAUAUGCAUAGUUACACUUGGUUGUGAGAUAUCUGAAUUUUCAUUCUUAUUAAAGUAGUUUGAGC